AUGCAAGAUCGUAAGAAGGAUAUCCUUAGAUGCCUUAAGAAUUGUGCCUUUCAAGAAGCUAUUGAUAGAUGCCAAAGUUAUCUUGAUUGGGAGGACGAUGACCCUAAGAUCUUUUUCUACUGGGCCUAUGCUUUAUCCGAGCUACAGCGCCCAGAAGAGGCUCUACAGACCUACCAAAAGGCUCUCAAGUGUCCACAAAGCGAGAGUAUUCGAUCAGAAGUAACUUUAGGUAUUGCCAAGAUCCUUUUUAACGCCAAAAGUCACUUUACUAAAUCACUAUCUGAUCAACAAGAAGAAGAGGCUUACAUUACAGCCGCCAUUCAAAUAUAUCAGUCCCAGCAAAAGGAAGCCCAGUACAAAGAGUAUCUCUUCUACUUACUUGAAAUUCACGAGCACACUAAUUAUGAAAAGUACAUUGCUGUAGCUGAAACACACUUAAAUCUCCACCAAGUACCUAACUCAUCCAAACUAGAUAUUACUCGUCCUGAAAUUGAAGAUAUUCUAUUUCGCUAUCUCAAACAGUCCUUACUUCAUGCCAAUGCCAGUAUUAGAUCCUUAGUCGAAGAAGGUGUUUUUUCUCAAUCAAGAGAGGCUAUUAUCAUCCAGUUAUCUACUAUCUUUGCUAAACAAAAUAAGUCUAACGACUACCAGGCUCUAUUACGCACCACCCCAACUGGAAAUCAGCGCUUUUUAACCGAUCUUUUUGAUUCUUAUCUGCGCUACCUUCAAAUGCAGGCUUAUGCCAAACCAGUCGAACUAACAACUCUCCUUGAUUUACUUAAUCAGGCACUUACAGACCAAAUAUCAUUACAGCCUUAUCUUGCCCUACUCAAACUCUUAGCCUCUGACUUUCUGGACCUUCCCGGUUUACUUGGCACUCUGGCGGACUAUAAAGGAUACACCUACAACACUCUUUCGCCCACUAUCUUUAUGUUGCGAUUUCCUACUAAAAGGGCCCAAGUUGCUACCAUUUACCAGUCUUACGAAGCUCUAGGACUUAAGGCCUACCCACUUAAACGCGAGUACAUUUCCGCCCAUCUUUACUAUGAUGUCCUUAAGGAAAAACUAGCCCAUGAUUCCAAUUACUCUAGCGCCAACGAACUAGCCCAUUUCCAACAACUAGGCAUUUCUUUUACUCAUCCAGUCUCUUUAUCUCUUCUCCUUGAUGCCAUACUACCAACGGCUAACUUUACUUGUCUUCGCACUAUUCUUGCCACUACUUCUCUUCCUACUACUGAUACGGAUACCAACCACUACAUAGACUCUCUAGUCAUUACCCCACCACCACCCAAUGCUAUCUCAACUGAAAAUAUACUUAUGCACUUACUAGCCACUACACCCGGCCUAGUACCCGUUCUUCAGUCUUUCAAUCUUACUAUUGAACUUGAUGCCCUGCACGUACUAAUGGUCCAGGCACACUUAUGCCUCAGUCAAGGCUCUUUCCAUCCAGCCUACUUGAUUCUUAAUAGUCAGAGCUCUCGUCUUGAACUUCUUCGCCAGCAAGUUCGUCUUCUUACUGACCCGGCAUUUAGUUCCACUAUUACUGCCAAAGUAGACACUCUUUAUGCAUAUGGUAAGUUCCUGGUUGAGUACAACAACAAGAUAGGAUCAACUGCACCACCACAACCCAAUACUAACCCAAUACUAACUCGGGUACCACUGCUUACUACUACGUACCAAAGCCCGUACACUUAUCAGACCCUAAAUAAGCUACACUCCCCAGCCCAUACGCAGCUAGACCUUUUUCCUUUUCCCGCAACUAAUCCCAAUCCUUUCCAUCGGCAUUUGAUAGCCAUUCAUAACUUUGAAAACAACAAUAGGUCCCUAGCCAUCUCUUUACUUCGCGAUCUCUACAAACACCGACCACUUGAUUAUUUCUUAGUCAGUGAUCUUUCGCUGCUCUUAAGUGAAGCCGCCCAAGCAGCCCAGGCCCGACAGAUUCUUGAUCGGUACCUCCACGGCCGAGUCUACCGCCAAGAAGAACACCUGCUACUGCUGAGUCUUCAGCUACUUCGCGAAGUCAGAGAGUGGCAACAAGCCGAGCAAAGAGCCCAUGAUCUACUAGCUAUCCUCCCAUACCACUACAAAAUCAAAAUGGCCCUGGCCGAGUCGCUGGCUGAGCAGUGCAAAUAUGGAUAUGCUGAUAAGAUUGUCCAAGAAAUCAUUCAGACAGAAGAACAAAAUCCAUCGCCCAAUCAAGACCAAGUUCUCUCGGCCAAAACCUUCUCCAUCUAUAUCAAAAUCAAAACCGGCCAACUUGAUAAUCUUACCACCACAAUUCAGGCCGUACUAGCUACUAUUCCUAGUCCAGACUCCAAAUUCUUCCAAAUCCUUAUCAAGUACCAAAAACACGUCUAUGCCAAAGAGCUUCAACAAACUAUCAAAGCCGAAGGAAUGACUAAUACUCACAAUCUUAUCAAAAACUACACCAACCUACCAGCCACCACAAGUAUCACCACUACUACUACUACAAAUACAAGCACAAAUACCACUACCGAUAGUCCACCCGCCCCUAUUUCAGCUCUCUCCUACACUAUCUCCCUAAUAGAUAGCUACAUAACCCUUCUCAGCCACCAUUUAAGUAGUGCUCCCCUUCUCCACCCUCCUUCUCUACCAGACCCACUUCCUGUCCAUCUUAAGGAAGCGGAAGAGCAGCAACUACUUAUUACGACCGGAAAGCUCCUCUUCCUAUUAGCCCGAGCCACCAACCGACUUACUAACCCUCAAAUCCAUCAAAAUAUUGCUUCUUAUCUCAAACGAGCUGCUUUAUUUGGUGAGACCAAGGAGGCCUUAGAAAUCGAGUACAUUCUGCGCAUCUUCCGAGGUGAAGACGUCUCUACCUUCUAUCAAGGCGAAAGAAUCUCCGAAGAGAGUCCUUUUUCACGCACUGUUCAUUCCCUUAUCUACCGCCCCAGUACAAUUGCCACCAACACGCGCGAGUACCUCAAACACUCUACCCUAGCCAGUGCUCCCUUCCUUAUUUUGAUCGCCAGAACGUUGAUCAGCCAAAAAGACCAACCCUUAUACGAAGAUCUUGAAAAUGUCUUCCUCCAUCUUUCCCGUCGGUAUUUACCUAAUGAUCCGAUCGUAUCAGAUGUGUUUAACUACUUAAAAAAUCAAAAAUAA